AUGCGGGCCAAGCGUUCAAAGAAGUACCGUAAGCUCAUGCAGCAGUAUGAGCUUACUUUUGGCUUCCGUGAGCCCUACCAGGUCCUUGUGGACUCGAACUUUUUGGCUGCAAUCCAUGCCUUCAAGAUGGACUUGAUCCCUGCGCUAGAGCGGACACUCCAGGGAAAGCCUAAGCCUUUGCUCACCAAGUGCUCUCUUGCUGCAAUCAUGGCGGCUCAGCCCAUCAAUCCGAAGACCAACCAACCAUAUCACUCAACGCCCAUAGACGAAGUCGAAUGUCUUCUAUCGCUGUUAUCACCAGGUAGCGGCCCUAAGAAGAACAAGGAGCACUACACACUGGCGACUGCAGACCCACCAACUUCCAAGAAAAACGACAAGAACGACUCGCAACAGCGGAAGCGCAAGCGCGAUGACGAGCGCGAAGAAGAGAAAGCGCUGCGACGCGCCCGCGCCCUCCGUGCUGGCGCGCGCUCAAUUCCCGGUGUGCCGGUGAUCUACGUCAAGCGGUCGGUCAUGGUGCUCGAGCCCAUGAGUACACCUUCAGAAACCAUUCGCGAAGACCAUGAGAACAGCAAGUUCCGUGUGGGGCUGGACGACCAGACAAUCAAUGCGCAAAAACCCGAACCGGAGGAGAGGAAGAAGAUUCCGGGUUUGAAGAAAGCCAAGGGCCCCAAUCCCUUAAGUGUGAAGAAAAAGAAGAAGAAGGCCGAUGCUCCUGCGCCUGCGCAAAAGAAGCCAAAGGUCGAGGAGAGUCGAGAAAAUGCCGAUGACGAGGAGGGCGCAGCUAAGCCGAAACGCAGACGGCGGCACCACAAGAGUGGUCCCCGGGGUGAAGGCGACGGUGAUGCGGCUGGCCCAGCUGCAGAAGCGCCCGAAACUAUGCAGGUGGAGGAAUGA